AUGACGAAUUCAAAGUCGACAUCGUGGAAGACGCCCGAACCACUUCUUAAUUUAUCAGAUUUAGUGAAUGCUCAAUUAGCUUUUCAUAAAGAAGCAUAUGAAAUUCUUAGAGAACUUGCGCCAGAGAUUGAUGACAUUCAUGUAACUCAAGAAGCAUUAUACAG